AUGGAGAGUUCUCUAGAGCCCAUGCAAGCUGAGAGCAGUCAAAUCUCUUUAGGAACUCGCCUACAAUCCAUCAGUAUAAUCUGUGCCUCGACAGCACUCGUCUUUACGGGAUGUGGAAUCAAUUUCGCAUUUGGUGUCUUCCAAGAGCUGUAUGACACCAUGUCAAAGGAACCUAACACACCAUUCACUGGAGCCACACCCGCUCAGAUCGACUUGAUCGGCACUCUUUCCAUCGCGCUCAUGACCAUCGGCGCCCCAUUCGCAACAACAUGGAUCAAGCAAUAUCCUCCCCGCAAUGUCAUUUGGGCAAGCGGGGUCAUCUACUCCGGUGCCCUGGUACUGGCAAGCUUCAGUCAAGCCCUAUGGCAGUUUAUCCUCACACAGGGAUGUCUCCUGGGAAUCGGCACUUGUCUCAUCUAUAUGCCCUCUGUGACGGUAGCUCCAACAUGGUUCUCUCUCCACCGCGGUCUAGCAAUGGGAAUCAUACUUGCGGGGACAGGAGUCGGCGGUGUCGCUUGGCCACUUGCCUUCCGGUAUCUCAUCGACUCCGUCGGAUUCCGAAACACACUCCGUAUCACAGCGGGCAUAUCAUUUGUGCUGGUUUCUGGCUCCGGGGUGUUCAUCCGUUGGCCGGCAAACCAGCUCGCUCGCAUUCAAGUUGAGAAUGCCGCUUUAUCGCGUUCAUCCAACAUCUUCCGUCUACCGCGGGUUGACUGGCGAGUCGCGAGAAGUCGCAAAUUUCUGGCACACGCUCUCGGUGCGGCACUGCAGUCUGCUGCAUACUACACGCCAGUGUUUUUCUUCGCAUCGUUUGCUCGUACAUUGGGUUACUCGCAGGCAACUUCGGCUAAUUUCAUUGCAAUCUCCAAUGCUGCAAAUGCAAUUGGAAAGGUCGUCAUUGGCCAUGCAGCAGAUCGAAUGGGCAGACUCAACACACUGGUUCUGACCACUCUCAUAUCAGCAAUCUCCGUACUGGCUUUAUGGCUUCCCUCUUGCCUAUCCACAACCCAGUUGAGCGGGAGUAAUCUGUUCAUCGCAUUCACGAUUUUCUACGGCAUCUUUGCCUCGGCUUACGUUGCUCUCUUCCCAACGAGUCUAGUUGAAUUGUUUGGUGUGCAGAACUUUGCCAGUGUCAACGGCUUGCUAUACAUGAUCAGAGGCUUUGCCACGUUGGUUGGGACUCCGGUUGCAGGUGCUUUGAUCAGAGGUCAUAAUCAGAAGAAUAUGGGCCCCAGGAGUUAUGAAAACACUAGCAUCAUGGUUGGUGUGUUAAUGGUUGUGGCAACCUUGGCCGUCACCUGGGCGCGACUGGAGGCUACUCUCGCCCUAGACGGGAGCCAAGGCCACAGAAGAAAAUGGUUAAUGUAG